CGAGGCGGUGGCCCUGGCGGCCAUGAUGAGGCCCCGCCUUUCCCUUACGGCUGCUGCUCCACUUCCCUACGCGGCCCGAGAUGGGGAAAUGAGGCAUAGAAAGAUGACAUAGUUUGCCCGAAGUCACGACCACUACCAAAGAACUACCGUGUAUAGUACGUGGUGAAGCCAGAAUUUGAACCUGGAGGGUCUGGCUCCACAACCUGCUCUAAAACCAUUGUACCUUGGCACCCAGUAGAAACAUCCAGGCUAUGCUAGAAUUAUACAUAAUUGAGUUUGACUAAAUUAAGAUAACAGAAAACAAGGCCAGAAAAAUACUGUGGGACCACUGAAGACAAUUUUGAGAGCUAAGUUAAGGAUCAUCUACCCUUUGGUGCAGAUAAAAAAGCAAGUAGCAAUUGGACAGGUAUUUACCAUAAAGAUGGUGUUCCAGUUUUUUGGGAGAAGAAUGGCGUUGAAACAGAUUUCCAGCAACAAGUGCUUUGGGGGAUUGCAGAAAGUUUUUGAACAUGACAGUGUUGAACUGAAAUGCAAAAUGAAAUUUGCUAUCUAUUUACCGCCAAAGGCAGAAACUGGAAAAUGCCCUGCACUAUAUUGGCUGUCUGGUUUAACUUGCACAGAACAAAAUUUUAUAUCAAAAUCUGGUUAUCAUCAAGCUGCCUCGGAACAUGGCCUUGUCGUCAUUGCUCCAGAUACCAGCCCUCGUGGCUGCAAUAUUAAAGGAGAAGAUGAGACCUGGGACUUCGGCACUGGGGCUGGAUUUUAUGUGGAUGCUACUGAAGAUCCUUGGAAAACUAACUACAGAAUGUACUCGUAUGUAACGGAGGAGCUUCCACAACUCAUAAAUACCAAUUUUCCAGUGGAUCCCCAAAGGAUGUCUAUUUUUGGCCACUCCAUGGGGGGCCAUGGAGCUCUGAUUUGUGCUUUGAAGAAUCCUGGAAAAUACAAAUCUGUGUCAGCAUUUGCUCCAAUUUGCAACCCAGUGCUCUGUCCUUGGGGCAAAAAAGCCUUUAGUGGAUAUUUGGGAACAGAUCAAAGUAAAUGGGAGGCUUAUGAUGCUACCCAUCUUGUGAAGGCCUGCCCAGGUACUCAGCUGGAUAUACUAAUUGAUCAAGGAAAAGAUGACCAGUUCCUUUCAGAUGGACAGCUACUACCUGAUAACUUCAUAGCUGCCUGUACAGAAAAGAAAAUCCCUGUUGUUUUCAGAUUACAAGAGGGUUAUGAUCAUAGCUACUACUUCAUUGCAACCUUUAUUACCGAUCACAUCAGACAUCAUGCAAAAUACCUGAAUGCUUGAAAAGCUUCGGAUAAGAGAAUCUCUUCAGGAUGAUAAAAUUGUACUAAACAGUCUGGCAAGGAAAAAAGAUUUUAAAACAUUGGAUUUUGUAGUGCCAAAAAUGCUUCAUUCUGUAGUUGAAUCACCCUCUAAAUAAAUAUAUCAAACCUG